CAUGCGUGAUCAGGUCAACCGGAUAAUUGUAAAUCAAAGUUCUCAUAAUAGCUCAGAGUCGAAAUCACAAUCCAAGACAUCUACAUAAAAUCCUCGUCAACUCUUUUCUUGAAGUGCGUUGUGUCGUGGAACAAGUGUGUCCAUCUUGGCUCAGGAGAUCUGUCGAGGCUAGUACAUCAAAUUUGCUCCGUUAGUAUCUUCCAUUGUUAUCCAGCGAAAAGACCAAGCAAAGUAAUACUGCGACAUUCCAAUCCUCCCGCAUUAACUCUACUCCUUUCAUCAAUAUAAGAGCACCUUCAACAUGGCUUCCAAGCAGACCCGCAAUAUUCGAUCGUUGCUCGAAGGCAGAGACACAUUUUAUCCAAUCUAUAAAAGACUGAUGAAAUUGCUUGACACAAGAAGUGUCGUGAGGUUGAGCCAAGCCUCCAAAACCAUCAGAGCCAUGACUCUCAGUCAUUCAUGGAACAUCAACAUUCCCUUCAGGCACCACUUCAGAGAUCCGCGCGCCUUCCGCUCCGUCCUAGGUGAAUGCAAUGCUCUGAUAGCCGGUUCCUGGGUAGUUCAGUUCUUGCUAAGACAGCUUUCGAAAAAUGAGGGCAUCUUGAUCUUCGUUCAACGAGGCGACAACGCUGACAAGAUGGAGCACUACCUAUCGCAGAAGGAAUCGUAUGAUGUGCCGGCCUCUCCCGACGCUACUAGAGAGAUCGAACGUAAAUGCUUGCGCCUCCCGACAAGGCAGGAUCACUGUCUGCACCUCAUUAUAACAUCUGUGCCCCCUGUAGAAACGAUAUUGGCAACGUUUCCAUCCACCGACUCGAUGUGUUUCAUUACUUGGAACAAGACGUACGCUCUUUUUCCACGCCAGACAUACAUUGAUUUUGAGUAUAUUCCCCUUCGACAGCAUUGCCAACAUUCAACAGCCUGGCGGAAUUCUUCAUCCGGAGACUGGAGAUUGAGAACGCAGUCUGUAAUUUCAGAACGAGAAUUGAGAGGCAUAGUGGGAAAAGACCAAGGCUUAGGUAGAAGGAUAGGGAAUCCCCGAUACACAUGGAUGGUCGCAUUGGACACAACCUAUGUGACCCAGCCUACGACGCCGACAUCUGUGCUGGAGUUCUCUGGGUUCAACGUCAUACCACCACCACCACCUCCACAAUACAGUAGGUCGGCAUGGGUGACUUGGGACACCUACAGUCGCAGUUUCCUGUAUCGGAUCUGGGUUGAAGACUUCCGGCGUCCAUCACUGAAAUAUCGUUAUACGGGGGGUCCGAUCACCCAGUUGUCCAGAAUUCUCCGGGCAAAUGCUUUGGCACAGUUAGCCUAUAAAUUAGACGACAACAGCAGAGGACGACUGAUUGGCGACUACUCGCCUGCCGCUGCCUCUCUUCGUGAAUUGCCGGUGGAAGAAGUACCGGGCUGGGACUUUUGGGAUGAUGAGAUACCCAAAUUAUUUCUAGAUAUGGGACUUGAUCAAUGA